ACACAUCACAAUUAACUCGUUACAUUAAUUAAAAAUUUUACAGAAAUAUGAUUACAGUAAAAAAAGAUAAAAGUAAAUUAAAAAAGUAAAAAUAUUUAAUCUCACCCUCUACACAUUACCCACCCAAAACCAAAAGAUCAAUUUCAUCAUUCGCGUAACCUUUGCCCCAGAGGAGCCCUAUGCUCUAUCCAUGUUCCAAUCCGAAAAGCAUAUUGUAAAGCUGAGCAAGUUAAAAAUGAACCCCCCAAAAAGAAAGUAUCAUCAUCAUCAUUUCAUGUUGUUCUGCCCUCUCUCUCUCUCUCUCUCUCUCUCUCUCUCUCUUGACGUCCAUUUCCAUUAUUCAGUUUCAUUCCCUCUUUCAUCCCCUCCUCUAGCUUCCUAAUAAGUGCUUUCUGUUCAACUCCCUUUUCUGGUGCGGUGCAUAUAUAUCAACCACAACCAUCACCUCCUUUCCCCCAUCUCAUUUUGCUGCUUCUGAUCCUCAUUACCCAAAAUACAGAACACAAAGAAAGAAAACCAUCUGUAUUUCCCCACCUCAUUUCAUCAGCUGAUGCUCGUCUGCCAGCUUCUUGUAGUUAUCCCAUUCUGAACUGUGUAAGCUUCAAUUCUCGCUCCCAUCCUUCCGCAAAGAGCGUCAUUGUAGGUCCGAUGGCGCAAUUGCCUCCCAAAAUCCCAACCAUGCUGUCUUCGUGGGCAGAUUUCUCGCCCGACCAGAAAUUGCAUUCCCUUGGUGCAGCCAUUCUGCCUUCCCACCACCACGCCGCCGCCGUCCCUCCUCCGCCUCCUCCUUCCUCCUCCGCCGCCGCCCAUAACAACAGUCACCCUUCCUGGGUUGACGAAUUCCUCGACUUCUCCUCUACCAGGCGCGGGACCCACCGCAGGUCCGUCAGCGAUUCCAUCGCUUUCCUCGAGACGCCAAUGCUCGACGACUGCCGCGCCGCCCCUCCCGCCGGCGGCGUCCAUCGCCCGGCAGGUAACAACCGCAACAACCCCCACGAUUUCGACAAAUUUGAUGACGACCAGUUCAUGUCCAUGUUCUCCGACGACAUCUCCAACCCGGUCACCGGUCCCAACUCCUCUUCCAACCCUUCCACGCCCUCCGAUCACAACAGCUUUAACGAGGAGAAGGAAGGCUGCGGCGGCGGCGGCGAGCUGAAGAAUAUCCGGAGCGAGGCGGACGAGGCGCAGAGCCCAUGCGAUUCGGAUUCCCAGCAAACGACGCCGUUCGACGGGGACCGUGUUGUCGACCCCAAGAGGGUCAAGAGAAUUCUGGCGAACAGGCAAUCGGCGCAGCGGUCACGGGUUAGGAAGCUGCAGUACAUAUCGGAGCUUGAACGGAGCGUCACUUCCUUACAGACGGAAGUAUCGGUGUUGUCGCCGAGAGUUGCAUUUCUGGACCAUCAGAGACUGCUUCUGAACGUGGACAACAGUGCUAUAAAGCAGCGGAUUGCAGCUCUGGCUCAGGAUAAGAUCUUCAAAGAUGCUCAUCAAGAGGCACUGAAGAGGGAAAUAGAGAGACUGAGGCAAGUUUACCAUCACCAGCAGAAGCUCAAGACGACAAUGGAGGCUAGUAACCAGGACGACGACAACAGCAACUCAGCAGGAGCAGGAACACAGCACCAGAGUCAUAAUAGCGAACGCCCCAACAACAACAUUACAGGAGGAGGAAGUGGUGGUGGUGCGGAGAAAGAGCAGCAGCAGCAGCUUCUUCAAGUUUGA